UGUAUUGAGCAAUUAUGCCUGAGCCAGCGAAGUCCGCACCUAAGAAGGGAUCCAAGAAGGCCGUUACUAAAACCGCCGUGAAGGGCGGUAAGAAGCGCAAGAGGUCCAGGAAGGAGAGCUAUAGAGGGUUUUCACGACGCGUCAUCAUUACCGGAAGUCGCCAUCUUGGAGGCACUCCGCAUCAUAACAAAGCACAGACACAUAAGGAUAUUACGAACGUCUUCAAGGAAAAUGGUCAAUUAUUGCCGUGUUUCAGGUUGUACCAAUAGGACAGAUCGAGAAAAACAUUUGCAAUAUUAUCGACUUCCAAAAGUUAUUAAAAACCAGGGAGAGGAAUGCCAGAAAUUAUCAGAGGAAAGGAGGCGCUUGUGGUUAGCAAAGCUCAACCAAGAUCUACGAGGGAAAAAUCUGGACAACAUCCGAAUUUGUUCGGCACAUUUCUUGUCAGGUAAAAAGUCUGACCUAUACCAAAAGGAUGACCCAGAUUGGGUGCCAUCUGUUGGACUGACAGGUCGGCAAGGAGGUUCACCUCAGUCAACCAAAGAAACAGGGAACUCACGCUACAAGCGUCGCAUGAACCGAACCCAGCAGAGACUGAAGGCUGAAGCUGCUGAAGCUGCUGCCGCCGCUGCUGCUGCAGAGACUGAUGAUGACCCCACUACAACUGAUUAUGUCAUUGAUAAUUUUUGCUGCACAGGGACUCAAACUGAAUUGACUGGUGAUGACAUUGAGGCUAUGACCACUGAACUUCAAAGUCUUAGAACCGAAAACAUUCAAUUAAGCUCUGUUGUUGCACAUGUGUCCACUUCCUAUGACCAAAGUGCCUUUGUUGAUAAGGAUGAAAAGGUUUUAUUUUUCACUGGCCUACCUACAUACCAGCUACUGUUAGUACUCUUCACAUUCCUUAGUCCCCACCUCCCUGUGAGGAAGUCACUUGAUAAGUUUAAGCAGUUGAUGCUGACAUUGAUGCGUCUUAGGCUCAAUGUUUCCACAACCUUCCUGUCAUAUGCAUUCAAUGUGUCAAUAGCCACUGCUUCAAGGAUAGUCACUGAUGUCAUUGAUGUCAUGUUUAUUCGUAUGAAGCCACUUAUCAUAUGGCCAGAAAGAGAUCAAUUGCAAAAAACCAUGCCAAUGCAAUUCAGGAAACAUUUUGGGAAAAAAUGUGCUGUUAUUAUUGAUUGUUUUGAGGUUUUUAUAGAACGUCCUUCUAACCUUAAAGCAAGAGCAGAAACAUGGUCUUCAUACAAGCACCAUAACACAGUUAAAUUUUUGAUUGGUAUUACACCCCAGGGCACAGUCUCCUACAUUUCAAAUGCAUGGGGAGGGAGAGCAAGUGACAAAUACAUAACUGAAAACUGUGGUUUUUUGGACAAAAUACUUCCUGGUGAUCUAGUUCUUGCUGACCGUGGCUUUAAUAUCCAGGCCACUUUAGGUUGUAGAAUGGCUCAUGUACAAAUUCCAGCCUUCACUCGUGGAAAGUCACAGUUAGCUCCUGUUGACUUAGAAACCACAAGGAAAAUUGCCCACGUCAGGAUUCAUGUAGAACGUGUGAUUGGUUGUGUGCGCCAGAAAUAUACUAUUUUGGGCGGAAUAUUGCCAAUUGAUUUCUUGAUGUGCAAAGAUAGUGAUGGGUAUUGUACCAUAGAUAAGAUUGGACUUGUCUGUUGUGCUCUGGUGAAUUUUUGUCCAUCAGUAGUUGAUUUUGACUGAAGUAUAUUUUUAUAUGCACUUUGCCAAUAAAAAUAUAAAUUACUCCAUUGUCUGGACUUGUCUAUAUAGCCGAAAAUGAUCUAUAAAUUGUUCAUUUACAGUUAUAAAGUCAUUGUUAUUCUUUUGUUGUUGAUGAA